AGAGAGCUACCAAGAGCACCACCAGCUCUCGUCAUCGCCAUCCACUGCUUCCUCUCUCGCUCUCUUCUAUAAGAGCACCACUCCCAUGGCCUUCUCCUUCUCCUUCUCCUUCUCCUUCUCCACCACUAUAACCAUCCUCAUCAAUGGCUUCCUCUGCGUCCCUUCACCAGUUCCUCACCCUUCCCAUCCACACCUCACGCCUCCGCCACCACCGCCUCGGCGCUGCAACAUCAAUCCCAGCACAAACAGCCUCGGAUGUCGACGCAGCGAGGCUGGAGCCGAGGGUGGAGGAAAGGGAUGGGUAUUGGGUGCUCAAGGAGGAGUACAGGGCUGGGAUUAAUCCGCAAGAGAAGGUGAAGCUUGAGAGAGACCCGAUGAAGCUUGUUCUCGAGGAUGGCAUCAAGGAGCUUGCUGCUAUGCCGAUGGAGGACAUUGACGGUUCUAAGAUCAGCAAGGAUGACAUUGAUGUUCGCCUUAAGUGGCUUGGGUUGUUUCAUCGCCGCAAGCAUCAAUAUGGGCGGUUCAUGAUGCGGCUGAAGCUACCAAAUGGGGUGACGACCAGUGAGCAAACCAGGUACUUGGCCUCAGUAAUUGAUGGGUAUGGCAAAGAAGGGUGUGCAGAUGUGACCACUAGGCAGAACUGGCAGAUACGUGGCGUCGAGCUACCUGAUGUGCCAGAAAUCAUUGAUGGCCUCAUGCGUGUUGGCCUGACUAGCCUGCAGAGCGGGAUGGAUAAUGUCCGCAACCCAGUUGGCAACCCCCUUGCUGGCAUUGAUCCUCAUGAAAUUGUAGAUACUCGCCCUUACACCAACCUGCUCAGUGCUUUCAUCACUGCCAACUCUUGUGGCAACGCUGCCAUCUCCAACUUGCCAAGGAAAUGGAACGUUUGUGUUGUGGGUUCCCAUGAUCUUUAUGAGCAUCCACAUAUCAAUGAUCUUGCUUACAUGCCUGCCAUGAAGAACGGGAGAUUGGGAUUCAACCUGUUGGUUGGAGGAUUCUUCAGCCCGAAAAGAUGUGCAGAGGCUGUGCCUCUUGAUGCUUGGGUUCCUGGUGACGAUAUCAUUCCAGUGUGCAAAGCCGUACUGGAGGCAUAUAGAGAUCUUGGGACCAGAGGCAACAGGCAGAAGACUAGAAUGAUGUGGCUAAUUGAUGAACUUGGAAUAGAAGUGUUCAGGUCUGAAGUUGAGAAGAGGAUGCCAGGGCAAGUGUUAGACCGUGCAGCAGGAGAUGAUCUGAUUCAAAAGCAAUGGGAGAGGAGAGACUAUCUUGGUGUGCACGCACAAAAACAACCAGGCCUAAGCUUUGUAGGCCUUCACAUUCCUGUCGGCCGUGUGCAAGCCAGUGACAUGUUUGAGCUGGCUCGUUUAGCUGAUGUAUACGGCUCCAGUGAGCUCCGUCUAACUGUGGAACAAAACAUUAUCAUCCCAAACAUCAAGAAUUCGGACAUUGAAGCAUUGCUCAAUGAGCCACUUCUAAAAGAGUUGUUCUCGCCAGAGCCUUCCCUUCUGAUGAGAGGACUGGUUGCAUGCACCGGCAACCAGUUCUGCGGGCAGGCAAUCAUAGAGACCAAAGCACGGGCUUUGAAGGUGACUGAAGAGGUCGAGCGGAUAGUGUCCGUGCCACGGACAGUGAGAAUGCACUGGACUGGUUGCCCGAACAGCUGCGGGCAAGUGCAGGUGGCCGACAUUGGAUUCAUGGGAUGCAUGACAAGGGACAGUGAUAAGAAGCCAUGUGAGGGUGCGGAUGUUUACUUGGGAGGGAGAGUGGGAAGUGAUUCUCAUCUUGGAGAUGUUUACAAGAAAGGAGUGCCAUGCAAGGACUUGGCACCUCUGGUUGCUGAAAUCCUUGUGGAGCACUUUGGGGCUGUUCCUAGAGUGAGAGAAGAUGAUGAAGAGGAAAUUGGAGGCAAUUAGACUAUGCCAAUAUUUAUGUAUACAGUAAUAUCCAAUCUUUGCAUGUGAUUUGAUUUUCUUGCUUCACAGGACACAGAAUAGUUUCAGAAAUAAGUUGAAUUCUGUUUGUUCAUCAGGACUA